AUGAGGUUCGAUUUGGGGAAGAUGAGGAAAGACCAAACGACAUCGUUUCUACAAAAAAAAAAGUGUCAUUUCUUCUCCGAUUACUUGUCCAUCGUUGGUUUUGCAGUCAUUGUCUUUGGAUUACGACAGAUUUCUAGAUUGCAGCUGUUUCCGGCUUCAGCAGCAGAAAUGGCAGAAUCUCCAACUAAUAAGAAGACGUCGUCGUCGUCGAUGAUUCCAGACUGGACUCAGCUCCCUGAAGAGCUACUUGAGUUUAUCUCCGAGAAACUCGACAACUGUUUCGAAGUUGUUCAUGCUCGCUCUGUUUGCUGCUCGUGGCGAUCCUCAAUGCCAUUUCCUUGUAGCUUAUUGCGCCCGCGUUACUCUCUUCCCAUGUUUCCUAGUAAAAAGGUAGGCUUGUGCUCCCUUGAGAAGCUCCCUUUUGUUCUCUUUAGAGUCCCAACUCCUGAUGCUGAUGAUGCUGAUAUUGCGUCGGCUUCUGUUUAUUUUAUUGGAGGGAUAAGCCGAGAUGACUGCUGA